ACAAGGAUCUGUACAAGGAGGCCAUGAUGGAGGAGCACCAGCCUCUUAUAUCACAAGAUGGAUCCAGGAGGAGAAAUCCACCAGAGAGAUGUCCCCGUCCUCUGUAUUCCCAGGACUGUCCAGACGAAAAGGUCCCAGAGAAUCCUCAGAUGACAAAUCAGGGAGAAGAUCUGAUUAUUAUAAAAGUGGAGGAUGAAGAAGAGUGGAUGAUGGGCGAUCCCCUGUGUAAGAGUGAGAAGGAGGAUGUUCCAGGAGAUAUCACCACAGAAAAUCCCAGUAUGAAUUCUGAGGGUAACGUUAUGUUAUCACUAAAUUAUAAAAUAGAAGAUGAAGCUAUCAUGCAGCGCUCUUCAGGAGAAAACCUCAUUACCUUUAAUGUAUAUCCAGGACUACACAGUACAGAUCUAUCCUAUAACCCCUCUAAUCAUGAGGAACCUUCUCUUGAACAAUCACAGAUUUUUACCACAAGUACAGGUCAAGUGGUUUCUAUACACAAAGAAAUUCACACAGUAGAGAUUUCAUACUCCUGCUCAGAAUGUGGGAAAUGUUUUACUAAUAAAUCAAAUCUCGCUACACAUGAGAGAAUUCACACAGGAGAGAAGCCGUAUUCAUGUUCAGAAUGUGGGAACUGUUUUACACAAAAAUCACAUCUUGUUAAACAUCAGAAAUUUCACACAGAAAAUAAUCUGUUUUCAUGUUCAGAAUGUGGGAAAUGUUUUGCACGAAAAGUAGAUUUUGUUAGACAUCAAAGAAGUCACACAGGAGAGAAGCCGUAUUCCUGUUCAGAAUGUGGGAAAUGUUUUAUACAGAAAUCACGUCUUGUUAUACAUCAGAGAAUUCACAUAGGACAGGAAAUGUAUUCAUGUUCAGAAUGUGGCAAAGGAUUUACAAAAAAAUCGAAUCUCGUUAGACAUGAGAGAAGUCACACAGGAGAGAAACCGUAUUCAUGUUCAGAAUGUGGAAAAUGUUUUACAGAUAAAUCACUUCUUGUUAGACAUCAGAGAAGUCACACAGGAGAGAAGCCAUACUUCUGUGCAGAAUGUGGGAAAUGUUUUACAUUUAAAUCAAAUUUUGUUAAACACGAAAGAUAUCACACCAGAGAGAAACCAUAUUCAUGUUCAGAAUGUGGAAAAUGUUUUACAGAUAAAUCAAAUCUUGCUAGACAUGAGAGAACUCACACAGGAGAGAAGCCAUAUUCAUGUUCAGAAUGUGGCAAAUGUUUUACAGAUAAAUCACAUCUUGUCACACAUGAGAGAAGUCAUACAGGAGAGAAGCCGUAUUCAUGCUCAGAAUGUGGAAAUUGUUUUACACAGAAAUCAAGUCUUGUUACACAUGAGAGAAUUCACACAGGGGAGAAGCCAUAUUCAUGUUCACAUUGUGGAAGAUGUUUUACAGAUAAAUCAAGUCUUGUUAGACAUGAGAAAUGUCACACAGGAGAGAAGCCGUUCUUAUACUCCUGUUCAGAAUGUGGGAAGUGCUUUACAUAUAAAUCCCAUCUUGUUACACAUAAGAGAAGUCACACAGGAGAGAAGCCAUACUCUUGUUCAGAAUGUGGAAAAUGUUUUACACAGAAAUCACAUCUUGUUACACAUCAGAGAAGUCACACAGGAGAGAAGUUGUAUUCAUGUUCAGAAUGUGGGAAAUGUUUCAUUGAUAAAUCACGUCUUGUUGCACAUGAGAGAAUUCACACAGGUGAGAAGCCCUAUUCAUGUUCAGAAUGUGGGAAAUGUUUUACACAGAAAUCAAACCUUGUUACACAUCAGAGAAUUCACACAGGAGUGAAGCCAUAUUCCUGUACAGAAUGUGGGAAAUGUUUUACAGAUAAAUCAACUCUUCUUACACAUGAGAAAAUGCACACAGGGAAGAAGCCAUAUUCCUGUUCAGAAUGUGGGAAAUGUUUUAAAGAUAAAUCAAGUCUUUUUAUACAUGAGAGAUGUCAUAGAAAGGAGAAGCCGUAUUCAUGUUCAGAAUGCGAGAAAUGUUUUACACAGAAAUCAUAUCUUGUUAAACAUCAGAGAAGUCACACAGGAGAAAAACCAUAUGUAUGUUCAGAAUGUGAGAAAUGUUUUACAAUGAAAUCAAGUCUUGUUAUACAUAAGAGAAGUCACACAGGGGAGAAGCCAUAUUCAUGUUCAGAAUGUGGCAGUUGUUUUACAAAUAAAUCAUAUCUUAUUACACAUAAGAAAAUGCACACAGGAGAGAAGCCGUAUUCAUGUUCAGAAUGUGGAAAAUGUUUUAGAGAUAAAUCAGGUCUUGUUAAACAUGAGAGAAUUCACACAGGAGAGAAACCAUAUAUAUGUUCAGAAUGUGGGAAAUGUUUUACACAGAAAUCAAAGCUUGUUAUACAUCAGAGAUUUCACACAGGAGAGAAACCGUAUUCCUGCGCAGAAUGUAGAAAAUGUUUUAAACAAAAACCACAUCUCAUUAUACAUCAGAGAUUUCACACCGGAGAGAAGCCAUAUUCAUGCUCAGAAUGUAGAAAAUGUUUUGCACAAAAAUCAUAUCUUGUUAAACAUCAGAGAAGUCAUACAGGAGAGAAGCCAUAUUCAUGCUCACAAUGUGGAAAAUGCUUUACACACAAAUCAAAUCUUGUUACACAUCAUAGAAGUCACACAAAAGAGCAACCAUACUCAUGUUCAGAAUGUGGGAAAUGUUUUACUACUAAAGCCAAACUUAUGAAGCAUCAGAGAAGUCACACAGAAGAUCAGCUGUGUUUGGUUGAUGAAUUGUUAUAA